GCGCAGUAACACUGAAACUGGGAGCGAAUUGAGUCCGGAAGUGCUGAGGGUGAACAUGGCUUCCAGACAGCAGGGAGAGAGUUUAACCGAGGGGUUAAUCUGUCCCAUUUGUCAGGAUUUCUUCACCGAUCCGGUUACACUGGAUUGUGGGCUCAAUUUCUGCCACUCCUGUAUCACCCAGAGUUGGGAAAACCAGGAGAUAAACUCCUGCCCGGAAUGUAAUCAGGAAUUUCCACAAAGAAACCUCAAGAUAAAUCAGGCUUUGACGAAUCUGGCCAAAAUAGCUCAAAAAUUAAGUCUGAAACUGCAAGAGAAGGAAAGUAUGUUUCACUGUGAGGAACAUGAGAAAGAAUUGAAGCUGUUUUGUGAAACUGACAAGAAACUGAUCUGUGUGAUUUGUAGAGAUUCCCGGAAACACGGGGAGCACCACUUCAUCCCGGUUAAAGAAGCUGUUGAAAUCUAUCAGGAUCGGGUGAAGUCUUCCUUAGAUUCUCUGACAGCUCUAGAAUUGAAGCAGCAGCAGAAACAAAAGAUUUCACAAAUUCAGGAGGAAUCCAGCAGCCUGCAGACCCACGUCAAAUCCGAGUUCACUAAAAUGCACCAGAUUCUCACUGAGAAGGAGCAGAGUUUACUCCGAGAUCUCAGGGAACAAGAGGAAAACAUUCUCAAAACAAUGGAGCAAAAUCUUUGUGAAUUUCAAGAGAAUUUAAAUUCUAUUCAAAAGAAAUUCUCAAGGUUGGAGAAACAGUUGGAACAAAAAGACAGAGUGCUAUUUCUGAAGGAGGAAGUAUCUCGGAAGACGAGGAUUAGUGAUGAGGCUGUCAAUGAUGCAUCAUUAACAGAUGGUGUCCUGUCCACUGAAAAAUUCAACAGUUUACCGUUUCCAGUGUGGAGAGAAAUGCUGGAUGCCAUUAAACCUGGUAAAGCUCAAAUAAGUUCCUAUGUCCUGAUUUAUAUUUUGAACUUCAGACUGUUAUGUAUACAAUUACCAAAGGCAGCAUAAUUAAGCACUCAGUAUACAAAGAACACUGGACAAGUAAUCACUUUGACUGUCAAUUGACUUGGUGUAGCAUAAAGGAGCCCUCACAAAACUAGAGUCAAAAGGAAUCAAGGCUAAAUUCUCCACCAAUUUGAGCCAAAUUGAGCAUAAGGAAGGUGGUUGUGAUUGCCUGAGAUCAAUCAUUUCAGAUCUUGGACAUUUUUUGAGGAAACUAUCCCACAUCUUCAGCUGCCUACAUUUUCAACAUCUCUUGUCAUCCAGGGUUCAUGAAUCUUGUGGCCCUUAUCUUUCAUCCUCAUAGGAACAUAUUGGUUCUGAAGUCUUAUAUAUGCCUUUUCAAAUUCCCCCACUUGUGCCAGAUGUGGACUUGCCCUCAAACUGCUG